ACCGAGCAAGAUGCUGCUCGACACCUCUCGCCCCGCCAACGCUCUGCGAACGAUGGUGUGGACAGAGAACAUACUGGUUGGCGCGCCGUAGAGUCCUAUCAUACCAUACCUAGCCAACCCUCUGCUGUGCCGCGCCUACACGACUCCACGAUGCUCGAAUUCCGGACGCAGGGCUACAACGGCUACAGCGUCAAGUACUCGCCCUUCUUCGACUCGCGCAUUGCCGUCGCCGCGUCGGCGAACUUCGGGCUCGUGGGCAAUGGCCGGAUAUACAUACUCGGCCUGACGCCGAACGGCAUUGUCGCGGAGAAAUGGUUUGACACCCAAGACUCGCUCUUCGACACAACGUGGUCAGAAUCGCACGAGAACCAGCUGCUCACCGCAGGCGGCGACGGCUCUGUCAAGCUCUUCGACAUCACCCUCGCGCAAUACCCCGUCCAGUCGUGGCAAGAACACGCACGCGAGGUCUUCGCCGUGCACUGGAACCUCGUCGCCAAAGACACCUUCCUGUCAAGUAGUUGGGACGGCACAAUCAAGAUCUGGAAUCCAAACGCGACCGCCAGUCUGACGACGCUGCCCAUCCACUCGUGCACCUACUCUGCCGCAUUCAGCCCGCACAGUCCCAGCAUCCUCAGCAGCGUCAGCUCAGAUUCGCACUUGAGAAUCUUCGACCUCCGCACUCCAGCAUCCGCGUCGAACCACCUCACGCUCAAUAUCCCCAUGCACACCCCGCCGAAGGCCCGCAUGGGGGUCCCGGCCCCGGUUGGCAUCCCUCCCUCCGAAGCGCUCACGCACGAUUGGAACAAAUACCGCGACAGCAUCAUCGCCACAGGAGGAGUCGACCGCCUCAUCCGCACCUUCGACAUCCGCGCACCGGGCGCCGGCCCCAUCGCCGUCCUUCCAGGCCACGAAUACGCUGUCCGCCGGAUAACAUGGUCGCCCCAUCUCUCAGACAUCUUGCUGAGCGCGAGCUAUGACAUGACGUGCCGGGUGUGGACCGACGGCAGCGCUAUGGGGGUAGGCCAAGUGAAGCAGGAAAACAUGCUCGAAGACCCCAUGGUCCACGGAGGCGGCAGGGAGUUGGGCAGGAUGGGACGGCACACCGAGUUUGUCACGGGCGUGGACUGGUGUCUGUUCGGUGCUGAGGGCUGGUGCGCGAGCACGGGUUGGGACGAACGGGUGCUGGUCUGGGAUUGCAGGGCCAUCAUGCAAUGACCUUUAUGAGCGAAUAUGACUUGGCGGCAUCUUGCAUGUAUUUAUGGCGUUGCGAAAAGUUAUUAGGUAUACCACGAUCUGAGGACAUCGAUCCAUGACUGGAAGCUCCCAG